AUGAUGAUGACUGGCCGUGUGCUGCUGGUGUGUGCCCUCUGCGUGCUGUGGUGCGGUGCCUGCGGUGGUGGAUGUUCUGAAGCGCCUUCUUCAGAUGCUCCGGCCUCUUCGGAUAAUGCGUCAAGUGAAAAGAAACCUCAACGCGAAGAAGAGGCCGUCGUUGUCACUGGAGAAGGUGUGAAAAACGGUGAAGAGGCAGCGCCUAAAGGAACGGCAUCGCCGGCGUCAGGAUUACCGGCAGCGGUAGCGGCAAUACAAACUGGAACACAAUUAUCACCACAACCCGAAGGAGGAGGAACAUCAGAAACGGCAAGUACAACGACGGACAACAAUAAUACAAAUACAGAAGGUAAAAAGGAGGAAAAGGAAGAAGAGGAAGAUGAAGAUGAUAAGAAGAAAGAAGAGAGGGAAACGAAGGAAGAAAAAAAAGAUAAGGAGAAGGAAGAGGAGAAAAUCAAAGAAGACGAUGCCGACGCCACAAAGGGGAUGCCAGCAGGCGGUGAGGAGCCGCCAAGUUUAUCUUCUGGCGCGGAGGAAGCAGCGAACCAAACAAAUCUCAAAAGCACGCAAACGACUGGAGACGAUGACCCAGCAGCUGAUGUUACAGGGACACGAGAAGGAAAAAGAAAUGAAAAUAAAGAUGCCAAUCCGAAGGAAAGACCGGUCGAAGCCACAGCCAUGAAAACCACAACGGCGACGACUGGCGACAGUGACGGCAGCACCGCGGUCUCGCACACCACCUCCCCUCCUUUGCUUCUUCUUCUUGUUGCGUGUGCUGCUGCUGCUGCGGUGGUGGCCGCGUGA